GUAUCCUGCAUAUCCGCCCUUUGUCUGUGCCGGGCAGAAUGGGUGUUUGGGCCACUACACUGGCUCGGGCGGCAGCUUGCUAAGGGAAGGUGAGCUCUUGUUCUUGGAGAUUGGCGGUUGCUACGAACGCUACCAUGCAGCGAUGAUGCGAAGCUGCUAUGUGGGCACGAAGCUUCCGGCCGUCUUAGCCUCAGCCGAAGAGGCCGUUGCCAAGGCCAUGGAAAUCGCAAUGGCUGCAAUGAAGCCUGGAGUUUUGGCCAAGGAGGUGGAUGCGAAGGCGCGGGAAGUUCUGGGGAGCCUGGGAGCAGAUUUCACCAUGUCCCUUCGCUCGGGCUAUUCCAUCGGCCUCGGCUUCUACACCGACUGGGGCGAGGCUCAAUUCUUCAAGAUGGACCCCGGUUCGGACCAGGUUUUUCAGGAGGGCAUGGUGAUCCAUUUGAUCCCGUGGGUGCAAGUGCAGGGGCACGGCGGCGUUGGGCUCAGCGACACUGUGCUGGUAACCCAGAGUGGUGCGAAGUCGCUCUUCGACUGCCGCGAUUUGCCUCGGAGGAUCCAUCUCAUCCCGCCUCCUGCACACCGUCCCUUUGGCCCAGAAGAAGCCAGAAAGGUUCGAUCCGUUCUUGGCUUGGAACCUACGCCUUUGGUAAAGAUCUCUGAUGGCUUCCCUGGCGUAGCAGCUGUCUACGUGAAAGACGAGUCCAAGCGCAUGGGCUUGCAGGCUUUCAAGGUGGUUGGCGGUGCUUAUGCCAUGCUCAGGUUCAUGUGCAAAAGACUGGCGCAGCCCGUGCCGGAGACCAGCGAUCAGGUGAAACUGGUUCUUGAACAGGAACUUCCUUGA